GGCGCCGCAGCCGCGGCGCGCCGCGGGCCGGCGCGGGCGGCAUGCGCGGGCGGCGCCGCCCGGCGGCCCUCGGGCACGGUGAUGCGCCGAAGGCCCCGGGCAGCAGCCUGCUCACGGCGGCCCUCCUGUCGGGCGACGCGCUGACGACGCAGCUCUCGUUCCGCAGCGCCUGCGUGCCCCAGCGCCGCGCCGGAGAGGACGUGCCGCCGCCCCCGUGCCGAGACGAGGGCGCGGAGGAGGGCGGCCGCGCCGGCGCCAGCGGCCAAGAGAUCGCGGCGGAGGACGGGGCGCUGGCGGACGAGGACAGCUUCGACGCCGCGAUCCGUGCGCUCGCGCCCGCGAAGCGGCACCGGCACCGCCCCGUCCGCGCCGUCCUCGCCACCGUCCCCGAGUGCCUGGACGAGAGCGCCGACGCUACGCCCCGGGCCGACGGGACGGCCUCGCCCGCGGGACCCAGCCCGCCGGCCCCGCUGCGGGCCGCCACCGACGGCGCCCUUGAGGGCGGCGGCGGGCUGGACGUGCGCGACUUUUUCUCGGGCUGGGCGGGCAGGCUGCGGCCGCAGGCGGCCCGCGCCCCCGCCUCGGGCGGAGGCGGCGGGGCCGCGGAGGGCUGCGCGGGCACGGCGGCCGCCGG